GGACAGGGUGAGCGGGGGUGGCAGCCCGCAGCAGUGCCGGCCGGCCGGGUGGGUGCGGUCCGUCGGGCUUCCUCCUCCCAUCCGCGCUUUGACUCCUUCAGGGAGCCGCUGCAGGAGCUCGGUGCGGGGGCUGGUCUCGUGUCUCUGCAAGUAGCAAGGCCCAGUUUUCAUUAGAGCACCUGUCACCGGCAGUGUUAAAAUUGGGGGUCACGGCUAAAGAUACAUCGGUGCUGUCCACGUCCGUGUCGAGCUGAAUAGCCAAAGCAAAAUGUUACUGGAGUAUAGGAGUUCUUCAAAAACCCCUUGCUUGGUUUCCAUCCCUUCAGGAAGAGAUUUGAAUGCAACUCAUCCAGCCUUGCUGUUGCACAAGACUGAGUUAAGUGGAUUGUCAAGUUGUCUUGGAAGAAAACCACAAUAACUCAUCAGAAGAUGUUUCACAUUUUUCAAUAUCAGCCUUUAAGACUAAUAACCCAGAACAGUCUUUCUAGCAUGUGUUUAAAACUCAUGCUUUCAAGACCUGUUGCAUUUGCACAGAUAUGGAAGUCAUGGUUCUCAAGUCAUUCUCUUCUUGGAAAGAAAAACAUUAUCCUGAUGGGACCUCCAGGUGCUGGGAAAACAACGACUGGGAGAAUAGUGGGCCAGAAACUGGAUUGCCCUGUCAUAGACAUAGAUGAUGAUGUCCUUGAAACAACCUGGAAUAUGAGCGUGUCAGAAAAACUGCAGGCCGUUGGUUAUGAGGAAUUUCUAGAGGAGGAAGGAAAAGCCCUGUUGAACUUCUCAGCAUCUGGAAGUGUAAUUUCCCUUAGUGGGUCCAAUCCAAUGCAUGCUGCUGGCAUGCAGCACAUAAAGAAAAAUGGAAUAGUUGUGUAUCUGGAUGUGCCCACAACAGUCAUUAUGAGCAGGCUGAAAUCAAAGCAGAUGGAUCGUAUCGCGGGCCUGUCUCCUGGUAUUUCUCUCAAAGACGUCCUUCAGUUCAGGAAGCAGUUCUACAAAAGGUGGUUUGACAUCCGUGUUCUUUGUGGCGGGGAUGUUGCAGCAGAGGUUGUAGCACAAAAGGUACUUGAUGCUGUGAAGAGAUACCAAGACUCAGAAGUGGAAACUUUCAUUUCAACGAGGUCUAGUAGGUCUGGAGGGAGCACGGAAGAAGACUCUCAUAAAAUGUAUUUCAGUGAUGUUGUUAUUCAGGGCUUAGCCCCUGAUGGAGGACUCUUUGUUCCUGAGAGAGGACUUCCAAAAUUCACUGCUGAAGAAUGGCAAGGUCUGAUAGAAGCAACUUACGUUGAAAGAGCCCAGGUGAUACUAGAAAGAUGCAUACAUCCUGCUGAUAUUCCUGCUUCUAAGCUGGCAGAAAUUAUUGAAACUGCUUAUGGAGAAAACUUUAGUUGUUCUAAAGUUGCCCCACUUAGGCAUCUGGCAGGCAAUCAGUUCCUUCUUGAGUUAUUUCAUGGACCAACAGCAUCAUUUAAAGAUUUUGCAUUACAGUUGAUGCCACAUUUAUUUGCCUACUGCAUUCCCAGAAGCUGCAAUUACUUGAUUCUGGUAGCUACUUCAGGAGACACAGGGAGUGCUGUUCUAGAUGGCUUUAGUCGUCUCCAUGACACUGACAAACAGAGAAUUGCUCUGGUGAAUUUUUUUCCUGAGGAUGGAGUAAGCCCAAUUCAAAAAUCACAAAUGAUUGGCUGUCAGAAGGAAAAUGCUUGGUCAGUGGGUGUCAAAUCAGAUUUUGAUUUUUGCCAGACAGCUAUAAAGCAAAUCUUUACUAAUUCUGAUUUUACUGGCUUUCUUACAGUAGAAUAUGGAACAGCUUUAGCUGCAGCAAAUUCCAUAAACUGGGCACGACUUCUUCCUCAGAUAGUUUAUCAUGCCUCUGCAUACCUUGAUCUCGUUCAUCAGGGUAUUAUUUCUUUUGGAAGCCCUGUAGAUAUUUGCAUUCCUACGGGAAACUUUGGCAACAUGUUAGCUGCUUUCUAUGCUAAAAUGAUGGGAAUUCCUAUUAGGAAAUGUAUUUGUGCUUCCAAUGAAAACAAUGUUUUGACUGAAUUCAUAAGAACAGGUGUUUAUGAUUUGAGGGGAAGAAAAUUAAUUUCCAGUUUUUCACCAGCAGUAGAUAUUUUGAAGUCCUCCAAUCUUGAGCGAUACUUACACCUGAUCGCUAAUGAAGAUGGACAAUUGGUGACACAAUUAUUUAAUCAGCUGGAAAAUCAGGGCCACUUCCAGCUGCAGAAAGAUCUACUUGGAAAGCUUCAGCAGGACUUAGUGGCUGGCUGGUGCUCUGAUGAGGACUGUCUGGCUGCCAUUCACUCUGUGUACAGUACUACAGGAUAUAUUUUGGAUACACACACAGCUGUUGCUAAAGUAGUUGCAGAUCGAUUACAAGAUAGAACUUGCCCAAUUAUUAUUUCAUCUACAGCUCAUUAUUCUAAGUUUGCACCUGCUAUCUUGAGGGCCUUGAGGAUUGCAGAAAUAAAUCAGAAUCCAUUAAGUCAGCUUCACUUGCUGAGUUCUUACAGCGCUCUGCCUCCAAUCCACUGGGGCCUGUUAGAGGCUCUGAAAAAGACAGGAAAUGGGGAUCACCAGGUCUGUGCUGCUGAUAUGAAUGUGCUGAUGUCCCAUAUAGAAACCUUAAUUCAAAAUCAUUUUAUGAAAGUUUUUUGAGCAACUGAUCCAUGUCCACAAUUGCAAUACCUUCUUAAAAGCUGCAUGCUUUACUAAAGCCAUCAUUCAUCUGGCCUGUGUCCAGUCCACAGCAUAUCUCACAGUUUUAUAUUCAGUUGUCAAGCUUUCAACAGUAUUUGUAAGUAACAUGUGUGAGAUUUCUAGUGGCAGCGAAAGGUUGUGAAACUAGAGUGUAAAAAACUGGAAUACCACUUUGCAAAUCGUACACAGCAGAGAUGCCAGCAUUGCUGGUUCUCCUUGGCAGUGCUGUCUCCUUCACAAGCCUGAAGCAUCCUCAGCAGAAGGGGACAUAAUGAAGUCUGACCUUUCUGGAACUAAUAGUUCUGGUUUUGUUGCAACAGUGAUGUGAACCUUUGGUCAGUGGAUGUUUAAUUAAACUUUAACUCAUUUCACUUAGGGCACUGAAACAUAAUAAUAUAAUGGUAUUCAUAUGUUACUAAUGAGGGUUGAUUUCACUACAAAGAUUAAAAUAUCCUUGUAUUGUUAAUCCUUGGACCAUUGAAUUUUGUGAUAUAUUACCUUCUUGUAUAAUGUUUUUUAUGUAUUGUGUUGCCAGUGUCUAAGUAUAAAAAUCUGGUAAUUUUGUUUUUAACACCUUUUUUCACAAAUAUUUUCCUCUGUAAAAUAGAAUACCUAAUUCAAUAUUUUUAAUAUAUUUGAGGUGUGGCUCUUCCUCCAGUGUCUUGUAGUCUCUUUCCUAGAUGUUUUUUUAUUUGAACUUUCAACUUUAAAAUCCUUUUUUAGUACUAUAGAAGAAUCUGAUAGUGGUAACAGCUGUCUUCUUAAAUAAGAAACAGACUUCAUUUAUUUAGAUAUAUUUUUUGUAUUAUGUUUUAUCUUUGAGAUCAUAUUGCUUUUCAUGUUCUAAUUACUUAUGUUUUCAUAUUUUUUCUUAAGUUAAUUUCCUUGAUGUUCUAUUCUAUUCAAGCUUUGCAUGAAUUAAUGUAAGAAAGAAGCUUCCCAAAUUACUUGGCAUCUCAUCAAGGAAAGUGAAGGAUGAAUUCCAGCCUGAUAGCAUCAGAAGUGUUCAUUAUGUAACCCAAAAUACAUCUGUGUGGUUUUGCUAAUGACAGGCUCUUUGCUGGUUUUUUUUCUGAAGAAAAAUUAGACUGGAUUGUCCUAGGAGAUCAUGUGGUUAUGGACAAAUGUAUUCUACUAAUUGAAGAUUAUAUUUCACAAGUACAUAAACUAUAUUUCAUACUAUGAGAAAUGGUAAAAUGAUGUAUUGAAAGGUUUGAGUGGCAUGCAGUUAGAAUUAAAGAGCUGAGUCUUCAGAUGUAAGGCCAUACAGCUACAGGAAGUUGUGUUUCCCACUAAGAUUCAAUUUACCUGGUAAUUGAUAACAUUUUUUUGCUUCUUCAGUAGGCAACAUUUCCUACAUGUCAAGAUUCACUUGAGGCUUUGAACUGUUGUAUCUGAUAGCUUCCUCUGUGUGCCUGCUUGUACUUUUUGCCACACUAGAAGUGAACAAGACACCAUCUAGAAAACUAUUUUAAAGAAUUGUAAUUUCUUCCAGUAAAAGUCCCAAGAAUGACGUGCCUUUGCCACAGUGACUAUGUACACAGUAUCAUUAAAUGUAGCUGAGAACAUGGGUGUGACACAGUAGCUUUCUAGAUUCCCCCGUUCUUAGAUACUUUUUUAGGACCUUUCUAGUUCUUUGCUCAAACCUUAGUCACUAUUUCUGCAACUUUUUGUUUUUAUGGAAUUGUGAACAGAUCAGGUUGGAUUUGACCUGAAAACAUCAUCUGGGCCAACAUUUUGUCAAGAAAUGGAGCCUAGAUGAAAUUAUCUAGCACCCUCUCUGGUUAUGUCCUAAAAACUUCCAGCAAUGGAGACCCUUCCACAUCCCUGGGGAUAUUGUUCCAGUGAUUGAGUGUUCUCACUGUAAAAAUUUCUUUCUUAUACCAAAAUGAACAUUCUCCUGAUGCAACCUUCUCCUCUUCUCCCUUGUCAUCUCCAUAUGGCUCCUUGUAAAGAGACAGCCUUCAAUCUUUUCCCAACCACCACUGAAGCAUUGGACAGCUGUGCUGAAGUGCCCCCUGAACCUCCUGUAGUAUGAAAAGAUCUGACUCAUUCAAUGUCCUCAUAGAGCAGGGGAAUUUUGAUCAUUUUCCAAAUACGACCUGGGAAAGACCAUGAUUAUAUAAUUUUUAAAAAUCCAAGUCCCGUAAGAAAAAGUUACAUAAAGAUAUUGCCAAGAAAGAAGCACUGCUUCUAUCAGUGAUAAGUCUUGUAUUUCUUUAUGUUUCAAUCUGAUUCUUACGGUAAUUCCAAGUGGAAAAAAACCUUAAUGCUUUCUCUGGAUAAGCUCAGUACAAAACCAGGAUUCUAAAUCUUGAAAAUAAAAACCCAAAAUGAAACAAACCCAACUGCCUGGAUUGAAUUACUGGGACAGGGUUUGGGUUCAGCAUAAGGAAAUCCUGCAGUACUUGGUUCCAUGGGGCUUAAUGCCAUUUAAAUCACAGGGCUGUUUGUCACAAACUGUUAAAAUACUUUAUAGAAACAUCUUCAAAGAAGAACUUGUUUUUGUAGAAAAUACCUGAAAGGGAAGAGCUGAGAUUCUAAACAUGGUAAGACUAGAAGUCAACAUCCUACCCUGAGAUAACUCAGUGUCAGAGAAACUGGUCAGAACUAAACUAGCAGGGGAUUUCUUUUGGCAUGACUAAAUUAUUUUAUAGUUCAUGGCAGUAACCCAAGCAUGGUUUGAAUUUCUGGUUGCUGCUUUCCUAUCACAUGAGCCAUUAUCACAGUCAAUAUAAACUAAAUAAGUAAAAAAAUGAGCACUUGUACUUAAGUAAGGGCUAUCAAUGGGGACUUAUGGUGUCUAAGGGCAGCGGUUUAUGAGCACUUACAAUAUUAAUACAUUUCUCAGAAUGUCUAAAGGCUUUUACAAUAUAGUAUUACUAAUUUUCAAAAAUAAUUAAAUUUUGGACUCCGAUUAACUUCAGUAAACUAUUUUCCUGCACUACAUCUGCUUGUGGAGCCUAGUAAUGAACAUUAUAAAAUGCUGCAGUAGUGUUGUGAUCCUGGAUGUACACAGUAUUUGUGAGCUGGUGCUAAUGCUGUGUUCUGGUAGCUGUGGUGUGCAAUAUUCUGUCCUGCAGGGCCUGUAGCAAUGGAAGGGAAAAAAAAUUCCAGCAUGCUCAGAAUAGCUGGCUGUGGGUGCCAAUUCACUAUUUAGGAACAGUGCUUCAAAUGCACAAUGUAUUCUCCUACAUCAGGCUUAUCAAUUUCAUAUAUGGGUGAACCUCAAUAGUAUCUUGGUUUCCAGAUAAUUUCUGGAAAAAAUUCUCAUGAUCGUUGUAUCUUCCAAAAUUUUUCAGCUGAGGAAAAUAUAAGCAUUAAUAAAAUGGAUAAAUAAAAUAGGAUAGUGAGGGAAGCAAUCCUCCUUUCUUCCUAGCCCAGAUUUUCUUAGUGUCAGUGAUAUACUGUGGCUCAGCAAAUCUUGUGCUACUGUUAUGGUCCUUUUUUUCCCCACUGUCAGUAUUAUGAAAGAUUCAAAAGGCAUUAAAGACUGGGCAUAAGUGCCCUUUUUUUGGUCUUUUUUUGGUGCAGACACUGUGCACACUGAAUGCUGUCAUACAUUAUUUUCUAUUAACUUCUUAAAGCAAAGUAGUGUGCCAAUGGUACAGAAAAGCAAAUCUAUAUUGUGCUGGUUAGUAAGACUCUGUAAGCCAUUUAGGUUUGCUGUAUACACAGUUUGCUCCUAUUUGUCUAGCAGGAUGUUGCAGUAUCAGUCAAUAAAAUCCAGGGUGACAGAGUGUGAGCAUGCAGAUCUACACAUUUCCACUUGCUUUGAUGAUCCAGAGUAAUAGCAUUGCUUUAGUUAAGCUGUUAUUCUUCUGUAUAGAUAAAUCUUUGAUGAACACUUCCUACUAUAUGAAAAACCUCAGGGACAAAUUUAACAAAUGUAAGAAGAAAUACAACGUCUAUAUUUACAUUUCUUUUUAUAAGAAUAUUUAUGUGGAAAAUACUUUGUUUUGUUUACAGAUGUACCAGGUGCUCAUUACUUGCCUUUAGUCACAGCCCUUCUUCUCAGGGAGAAGACAUGAGGUAAAGGAUGAAUAGAACAUCAGAAGAUAAUUCUGUUUUCUUAGUAUUUUAUGAUAUAAAAGGAAUUUUCACUUUUGAGGUGAAGAAAAAUUUUAUCUGAUGGAACUCUACAGGGAAGAUCUUUGUUGUUCAAAAGGUCAGCUUUGCUUUCAAGGACAUCAAGAACAGAUAUUGCUGUUAAGUAUAUUAUGUUUGGCAUCCCUGAAAUACACUUUACUCAUUUGUAGCCACUGUAUUUUUUCCUAAAUAAACACUGCAGCACCUAUAUAGCCCUAUAGCACUUCCUUUGCAAAUCUUUGUAAAUCCUUACCAAUCUGCUAUAAAGAAAAUCCACUAAAAGAAGUGGUUUCAGAGUUCGAUAUUCUUAAGUGUUGAAAGUGUUCCAUUCUGUGUUUCCUUGAAAGUUAGGGGUAUAGUUAGUGAUAAUCUAGUAAUUCACUUUGCUGAGACUAAGAUUUUAGUGAGAUAAUGUGCAUCAUUCUGGAAGGAAGUAUGUAUAAAAAAGGAAACACAGAUCAAAAAUAGCAUAUGUCUGAACACUGUUUACAUUGCACCACAGACUUGUCCAGUGCUGCAUGGAAAGCCUGUAUUCUGAGGAUAAGUAUGGAAAAGGAAAUCUCUGGCAGUUUAACUUUUCUUAUUCAUCUUUAGUUCAGUGGAGAGAUGAGCUAGUUGUCUCUUAGCUGAUGUGGAGCAACUUUGGUACACUUCUAAUAUCAUUUCAGGAUCAUGGGCUUAAAAAUUACUUGAAUGGUUGAAACCACAAUGAGCAGUUAGUUUCAGUGAAUUAAUGUGUUUAUUAAGAACCUAGGAGGAAAUAAAGUAAUGACUGUUCAAAUCUAGAGAUGCCACAAAACUUAAAUACUAAGGAGCUACUUAAUCAGAGCAAGAUUAAUUGCUUUGUUAGGAGCUGUAAGCAAUUUGUAUUUUACUCUGGCCUAAAGUAGACCUGUGUUUUUAGGAGGAUAGAGAGUUGAGAACUUACUUAGCAAGUUGAACAAUUUGUGGCAGGAAAUGCUGACUUUGAAUGGUUUCUGGAAAUGAUGUGCAUUCUCAACUGAGCAUGAAAUUUCAGCAUGCCUUGUGGCCAAAAGAACCUGAGGUUAGAAAUGGGAAUACUGCCAGGGAAGAAAUACUGCUGUCUGUAUUUGGCUUUGGUGUAACCUUUUGGAAGAAUAUUAUGCCCAAUUCCAGUAGUCAAAAUUUUCAGUAAUGCUGGGAAGCUGGACAGAAAAGUCAUAAGAACAAUAAAAGCAUUAAAAAGAAGCACUGGCAUGAGAGACUCAAAAACCAGAAUUUGCUUAGUUUAGUGAAAGAAGAAUCACCUAGAUGAGCCAUCGUCAGAGAAAAAUUGAUAAUAAAGAGCUGUUCCACCUAGCAGAGAAAGAGUGAUCCAGCAAGUCUAAGCAGAAGGACAUGUUACAAAAAGAGAUAAAAGUAUGUAAGAGAACAGUCAAGGCAUCCCUGGUCUGGACAUAUUAGAUGAUUUCCUGAAAAAAUGUGAUUUAAUAGAAAGAGGACUAAUUCAGACAAGUCAGACCCAUGUUACAAAAGAGGUCAAACCAAAAAAUCACAAGUGGUGUUUGGCUGCCCCAGGAGUAACUUGCCUUUAACAAAAGCAUGAACAGCAUUUCACAGAGGUUUGAGAGAUAGAGAUUAUGAACUAAUUUCAGUUCUGCUGUGGUGUGAUCAGUACACAGAGCAAAAUAGGCUACUGGAUAUGUUUAGCCUUGUUCUUUCUGUCUCUAGAGAAUUGCAAAUGGACUACUAAUGCAUACCCUGACUUGACUCAUGGCUAUUAGGAUAUGGCUCAUUAGUUUUAAAUUUCAUUAUACAAUACGCCUUGUGAUGGUUUGGGCUAUAUAUACUUUCAUUAUGAAAAUGAGGUGACCAGCACAGGAGGAAAGUGUCUGUGUAAAUGUCAGCUUUAUUGAAUGUAGCUAAUUAUUAUUUAUUUUCUGAGCUUUUAAAAGUUGGAGAUCUUUUCAAAUUUAUUAGAUGCUUUUGGGUCACUUUUUUCUCAGCUUUUACAAGCAACUUGUAAUCCAAUGGCCAUUUUCAAUUCAUUUUCAGCUCAUAAUAAGACUUAUAUGACAAAUGGAAAAAUCCAAUGGUUCCUUUUUAUAGUUAAACUUGAACUUUUAUAUACCAAUUAAAGCUUAGAGAAGGUAAAAUGUGCUCAUAGGUUCUGCUCUAGCAACAUAUUUUGAUUUAAAUGUAUUUUUUCAUUACAUUUUUAACUAAUUCACUAAAUUAUAUCUAAAUAGAGCAGGCAUUUAGUGGACUUGUUUUUUAAGUAUCUGUGGUAAUCUGAUUCUGUUUAAAAUGCUAAUAAGUGCAUCCCAUCUCCUAAUUACACCAGUGCUCCCUGCAUAAUUAAUUAGCAUUUUAUACAGAUGAGCCAUAUUCACAGUAUUUUUCUAUCAGAAAGGUUAAUAAAAGAAUUCGAUGCAGUUUUGAAACACCGCAAGAGUGGCUUAUUUCUGUAAAACCAGUUUUUUACAAGUAAAAAUGUUAGUGGAAUUUACCUAGAAUCGUUGUUCCAUACAGCUUGUCUCCACAAGGUGGCAUUCCUAACAGGAGUUUGAUAGACACGGUCACUUGCACUUUUUGAAGAGCUCUAAGUGAGAGGCAGUCCUAAGCAUUUGCAGUAUUAAUAUGCUUUUUAUGUUUUCAUUUUUAUAAAGUGUUAUUAAGAGUAAUUAAGAAACCUUAAUGAUAAUUAGGUUAAUACUCAUUGAUGUGUGGAGUAUCCAGAAAUACGUGAUGGUUCCAGGUUACAAAACAGCACAUUCAUUCAUGACAUUAUAUGUUACUAGAGACCUUUCAGCUGUAAGGCUGGAAUCAAUUUUGCUUUAGUGAAAGAGUCUAAAAUAAUAAUUUAAAAAUUCUUUAAAUCAAGAGCACAAAUAAUACCAUGGUCUUGUAUGCAAGCCCCAGUGUGUGGUGCUUUGAACGUGAUGCAGCAUAUGGAGCUGGUAGUGAGUUCUGGGUUCAGGAAGGGCAGAUCACAGUGUUCAUGGGGAAAAGCUGUAUAAAUGAUGUCUUGCUCUGCAGGGAGGAUUUUUCAUAGUUUAAUGUUACAAUGACCAAGCAACUUAUUUUCAUAUGGCUGUUACCCAAGUUGAUAACAGAGCCAGUGGGCAGCUCUGCUUUUCUUCAGGCUUUAUAUCUUUUUCAGUUUCUUGUAGUCUCUGUAUGUUAAAUUCAAAUACCUUGUUACUCUUUUUCUUUAGAUACAAGCAUGAAGAGAGUAUAAUACAGCCUGCUAAACCCAUGCAAGUGCACUAGAUUUUAUAUAGCAGGGAUGUGCAUAUGAUACUUUUCUCCCCCAUGGUUAAGGUUCUGAUCUUACUUUGCUUUUUUUGCUGAUUCUGUAAGAUCAGACCUUAGCUAAAUAAUCAUUUGUAUUUCCAUUCUAGCUGGUGCCCUACUUGCAUUUUGGUUUGCAAAAAAAAGGUCUAACCUAAGGUUUGUGCUAAAACUGUAAUCCAAUGUAAAUUGUGGCAUUUUUUUCAAGUCUAUUUUGAGGCAACAGAAAGGAAUAUGAAUUGUUUGGUUUUUGAUUUAUUGUUUUGUGGUAGCAAAACUUCUGU